AUUCAAUGCUCACCACCUUAACUGCAUCUCCAACCUCGCCUUUUCACCUCUUUUCUAAAUCCGCUCGACAUUUUCCACCAUGGCAGACAUUCUAACGCAGCUCCAAACCUGUCUCGACCAACUCGCAACCCAAUUCUACGCCACAGUAGGCUAUCUCGUAACCUAUCACGAUAACUCACCCGCAAUUCCACCGCAAAACGACCCCACAGCCGCGCCUGCCCUCGCCAAAAUCACCAAGAACUCGACCGCGCCGCCCGCCCCCGCCGGCGCGCCGGCUGCCUCCCAGGCAUCCCCACAACAAGCAACGGCUCAAAUCCCAGGCCAACAGCAACAAGGAGGCGGUGAUGCAGGACAGACACCCGGAGCUGGAGGGACGGCCGCCGACCCGAAUCUGCCGCCCGCGCCAGAUUCACCGCGGACGUUUGCUAGUCGGCAGCGGGAAUUGGCGAGGGAUUUGGUGAUCAAAGAGCAGCAGAUUGAGUAUUUGAUCUCGGUUCUUCCAGGAAUUGACUCGUCGGAGGCGGAACAGGAGAGGAAGAUUAGGGAGUUAGAGAAGGAACUGCGGAGUGCCGAGGAGGACAGGGAACAGAGAGUUCGGGAAUUGAGGAAGUUGCGAAAGAAGCUGGAGAAUGUUUUGGGCGGUAUUGAGGUGGGGAUUUAUGGGGAUCGUGGAGUCGUGGCGUCUGGCAGGUGAGGGAAUUUUCUUGCAAUGGUUGGGAGGUAUUCCUCAGUAAGAAGUGUGUUCUGUUUGAUAUCCAUCUUGAUUUUAUAGACUAUGGAGAUGUUGUC